UAAAAAGUGCAUGUGAGUAAUCUAUAUGGGCAAAACAUUCAGAGAAUGUCAUGUUUAAUGCAUUUUUGGUACAGAUAAAAGCCAAUUAAGUUUAUUUGAUUCAUGUGACACUAAAGAGCGUGUGAAUACACAGAUGUACUACACAGCUAUUGGCUGAUGAAUAUAUUUGUCAAAGAAAUGCUGUUUAUUUACAAGAAGGAGGCUGAAACAGUCAAUAUGUAUGAACAGUAAAUGCUAUAGCAAUGUAUUUUAGAUAUUGCAAGUCUUGCCAUUUAAAUUUGUUUGAUGUGAACAUGUUGAGAAAAAUAAAGAUAGCCCAGUAACAUGGAGAGCUGAUCACACGCAUAUAUUUGUCUUGUGUUUAUUCCACCAUUUAACAGAUUGCUGGGAUCGCUAAACUGUCAGCUGCUGAUACAGGAGUCCUGGACCCGCUACAUAUACCCUCCGCUUUGUAGGUGGCGGAAAUGCACCAUAUAAGUUGGUCUGCCAACCACCAUUAACCCCAUAAGAAGAAGAAGAAGAACACAAAGAAGAAGAGGAAGUUUUGCAGUUUGCAUUAUUGAUAUUUUAAUUAGCCAAAAUGAGCAACUCACAACCUUACAGACGCUUUAGUGAUGAAAAUUACAAAAACUGGCUAAAAAUAGCAGAGAGUCUUCACAUACUGCGAAACAGCAUGCAGGACUUUAUUGAAAAGGAAACUGAAACUUAUCACAAGGCUCUGCUAAACAAACAGCAGCUCAGUGGACAACGUUGUGAGCAAACCUGCAAAAAUAAUAAGUCUCUCUGCCAACUGUGUGAAUAUUGGAAGAAUGAAAUUGUGACCAAUCACAAUGAGGGUGGUAGAAAUGUACACUGGGACAAUUGCCGGCCACAUCUAUGGGCCACAAAUAAAUGGGAAGUUGCAAAGGCAUACAUGCCACGUGGGCACAAACAGCAUUGUGAGUUUGCCCAGUUUGAUAUUUCUGCCAUUCUUAACUUUCUGAGUGCCUGUAAACAUUUUAAGCCAUUUUUGACUAAGGGGGAAAAUGUGAAAAAGGUUAUAAAUGUUCGGAAUGUUGUGAUGCACUCCCCUGACCUUAAAAUGAACAAUGAGGAUAUGAACAGACACCUUGAAACAAUUUUCCAGUUUGCCGAUAUGCUUAAUUCCAAGGUAUCAGCACUCUCAGUCUUGAGAGAGAAGAUAGAACAGUUUAACAACAUUUUGGACAAGAAUUUCAAUCAAACAGAAGUAGAUGGUCAACAUAAAGAUCUCAAGACCAUGGUAGACUUCCAGGAAGUUCUGAACCGUGAGCAACAAGCCUUGAAAGACAGGAUUGAAUACUUGAUCACACACUUUGAAGGGAACCUUGAUAAAAAUGAAAAUUCCCCGGACAUGACUACUCUCAUGGAGUUUUUGCACCAAAACAAAGAUCUUCUGGAGAAUCUAGGCCCUGAAGUUUACAAACUUAAAGGGAUGCAAACAAAGUUAAAUCAGCAUGAGAAACAGAUCAACAACUUGACAAACAGAGUGGACCAAUUAGAAAAGGUGAAAGAGACCACAAAUACAGCUGGACAAUCAAGCAGUCAAAUAACAAAUUAUCCCAAGUUUAUCAAAGACAACAGAAGUUGGUUGAUUAACACUGUGAAGAACAUUGAUCAAAUUCUGGAUGAUCUCUCUGAGUUACACAGUGAAUCAGUUGCAAAUGUGAAAGCAAAGCAAACAAAACAAGCGAUGAUGAGGGAACUGCUUCUGUACGUGAAUUGUGAAAGGAUUGCUAAAGACCUGUUUAAUGCUUUGUUAAAGCAUGAAAAACGUCCUAUGGAGGAACGGCUCAAGGGCUUAUAGGAGCCCAUAAUCAUGUCCGGUGGGGAGACACAUCACCAGUCAGCCUUGGAUAUAAUUGAACAAGCUCUUAAUCGCCAAAGACACAUGAAGCAAAAACCUGUGCACAGCAACGGAACGCACUUGUUUGUCUAUUGUUUUGUUACAGGGAUGCAUUUAUUACUGUUAUGGAAAGUGCAAAUUUUGCCUGCAUGAAAGAAAUCUCAUAUAAAGAUUUAAUAUAUGGCAACACAAGCAAAUCACAUAUGAUAAACAAGUUCAUGUUUGGAUUUCACAGAUAUAAAAUGUCAUAUAAGCACACGCUAUGUGCAACAUGUAUUGCAAAUCAGCAGUUUAUAUAUACUUUUUUCAAUCAUUAAACAUGUACAUACAGUAUAUGUUGAAAUACAUUAGCUACAAAGAAAGCAGAGGUAACAGGAAUGAAGUUGAUCAGAUCUUUGAUGUUAAUGUGGCAGGAUUACAUCUUACAGUAUAAGCACAGGGUAGAUUUUUAUUGAGUUUAAUAAUUGGAUGUCAAUAUAACCUAACAUCUCGCGUGCAUAAAGUGGCAAUCAUCUUGUAUAAGAUUGUAGAAUAGUUUGUACUUUUUCAUGUUUUUAUAUAUAUACUGGUUCUCAGUUUUAAAUAAAUAUCAGUUUAUUUUGUUCAUA